GGAUCUUCUAACCGGGGUCCACUUGAUCCCGACCUCGGAGGUGGGAUGUUUCGGCAGAUCAGUAGUAGGAAUCGAUAUAUCACUUCGGAGAAGCUUCGGGAGGGUCGGAGUGGCCUACUUGAUCUUGGCUUCGAUGGUGAGAUGACACUUCGGUAUCGAGGAGGUGGGAUGCUUCGGCAGAUCAGUAGUAGGAAUCGAUAUAUCACUUCGGAGAAGUUUCGGGAGGGUCGGAGUGGCCUACUUGAUCUUGGCUUCGGUGGUGAGAUGACACUUCGGUAUCGAGGAGGUGGGAUGCUUCGGCAGAUCAGUAGUAGGAAUCGAUAUAUCACUUCGAAGAAGUUUCGGGAGGGUCGGAGUGGUCUACUUGGUGGUGAGAUAACACUUCAGUAUCGAGGCUCGAACAAUCGAGGCGUAACAGUGGGUUCAUCGUUUAUUGCUUCCAUGAAAUUUCUUGCUCUUUUCGUUCAAUUGUAA